GCAGAUAACCUCAGUUAGCUGAAGACCACGAAGACAAAAGGUUGUAUAUAUUGUGAUAUCGUGGGCAGACCAGCCGAAAAAUGGCGGAGCGCACAAAGACAGCAGCCCCGGCCAACCGGCCCGUCCCCAUGAAGCUUUUUGCUACCUGGGAAGUGGAUCGAACGCCUCCCAAUUGCAUACCCAGACUUUGUUCCUUGACAUUGUCACGACUGGUGAUUCUUCAACCGUUGGGCUCGGAAUUAGCUUCAAUCAGCAUUGCAGUGAAAAUGCAAAGUUCAAAACGGACAUUACGCUCGAAUGAAAUGACAAUUCCACCGGGCGGAAUUUUGGACACCGAAUUAGAAUUGCAAUUUGCCCUCCAGUAUCCACAUUUUCUGAAACGUGAUGGCAAUAAACUAUUAAUUCUCCUACAGAGGCGGAAACGAUACAAAAAUAGGACUAUGCUUGGAUAUAAGACACUUGCCGAAGGUGUCAUUAACAUGGCACAGGUUUUACAAAAGCAAAUGGACUUGGAGUUAGAUUUAGUGUCAGAUAAGGCUGAAAAAUACGGUGGACAUUCGGUUGUUUUAGCUCGAGUCAUUGUCGUUGCUUUGAGUUCGCAGCCAGUGGAUCAUGACAAACGAUUGAUGAAUGAUCCCAACGAGAGAUUAUGCCAAGAAUUUAGCGACGAGGAAGAGGAGUUUAGCUCGGAAGGUGAAGCCGAAGGUAGCGACAGUGAACCCACUUUGGAAGUACACAGGCGAAAGAGUCGGGGAAAAAUUCCUGCCAAUGCGAGGCAAAGAAACUUAAAGCAAAAAUUUAUUUCCCUCUUGAAACGAUUUCGAGUUUCCGAGGAAAUGGAACAUGAUCAAGAAGAAAUGGGACAAAAAUUAUCUGGCGAAAGAAUGGAAAUUGACGAAUUGUUCGACGAAUUGGAGGAUCUAUCUGACAGUGGUCCGGAAUUGGAUACAAUGUCAAUUAGCAGUACACCAAAGCCAUCUCUUCGACCGUUUUUCAGCUCAAGCCGUUCUCUUCUUGCUCCUCCAAAUGCCGUAGUAACCAGCGAGGAGACAAGAAACAACACAGCAGCCGCUUUAGGUCCACAGCCUCCUGGACAACCAGCAAAAGAAAAAUCACGCGUCGGACAUACGACCCCAGAACGUGGUGUGGAUAGACAAAGUGAUGAUAGUUCAAGAAAAGCUGACAGCGAUUCACAUCCGGAAAAUUGUACUGAUCAUGAGACAAAUGAUGUGAUAAAUAUUUUUGCUGGAUCGCCACCAAAGUCGGAGCCGCAAAAUAAAAAUGACAAUAUUGAACGGAAAGCCAGACUAUUCACGAGGGACAAAAGUGUGACGAAUCCGAUAAAAUCGAAAAAACAUAGUUUGAGCGUCGAUUUGAAACCAUCGGUGGAUUUGAAUAAUUCCGAGCCAAGAAAAGCGUUAAUUGAGCAACAGUUCAAUCGAGUGUUGCCCGACGAUGGACUACCGGAUGCGUUGUCCUUGGUUUCAUUAGCUGAUACAGGUGGAGCUGGACUGGCGACUAGACUCCAAGAACGUAUUCCUCUUGUUCUUACAACAGCUUCUCCAGCUGAUAUUCGUGGGACUCUAACUUGCCUGGCAACAAGGAUACAAAAAUUUUGUAACAGUUCAGCAAAACCGCCAGGACCGAUAAAAAUAGUAAUUGCUGGUGGCGAUUCGUUUGUUAACACAGUUUUGAAACACUAUGUCGAUCUAUUGAGUUACAAACCACCAGAUUGGCAAAAUUAUUUACGAUUUUUAGUCGUGCCAUUGGGUUAUAACAGUUUAGCGAAAUAUUUAGCAUCUAUCGACAGUAAAUACGCAUCGCUUUUUGGCGACGAUUGGAAAGAAAUGAUUGACAGGGAUGGCGGAGGAAACAGCGAAGUUUCCACCAGAGUCGCCGAAUAUAUUUCAUCCGCUGGUUUAACUCUCUUAUUGCCAAUCGCCGAAGCGAUGGUGGCUUACAGAGAAACGGAUGACAGUAGUCAAAUAUUCAUUCCGUUUGUGAAUGACGUGAGAGUUGGUUGUCCGGACAGCAGUUCGUCGACGUCGGUGGAUCUCGAGGAAGGCGGAACGACAAUGUCAGGAUCGCCGCCUUCGUUACCGACUCCUGGGGCACAAGUUCCACCGCCUAGUCGAUUAACACCGCCGAGCAGUCCCAAUGUGGGCCAGCCAAGAGAGGGUUGGGAACCAGUGGAAAUGCAAUUGGAUUACUGGGGGAAACUGUCACUUGGCGAGAAGGGUAAAAAUACUCUAAGACAGGCGUUUCGUGCCCUCCACGUUCAACGAUUACCUGCAUUGGGAGAAUCUCCUGGCAAUAAUUUGUCAAUGAGUUACACGAUAAAGGAGAAAAAGCAAAAAAUUAUGAGAUUAGGCAAGAAAAAGGAGAAGGAGAAGGAAAAUGAGCCAAAGAGCCAAAGUGUUGACGGUGUAACGCGACUUAUUUGCUCCGCCAAAACUCAUGUUCCACUUAAAGUGAGCAUCGAUGGAACUGACUGGUACGGUGUCAAGUUCUUCAAACUCUCAGCUCAGUGGCAAACCCACAUCAAGACAUUUCCGAUAGCUUUAUUUGUUUAUCAUUCCCAGCAGCAAAAUCUCAAUUCCACUUGAAUAUUUAUUUUCGUCGAAUUUUUUUUAAAAUUAAUUUAAAUUGUCAUUCAUAUCGAAAAUCGUAGUCAAAACUUAACGAUGCUCAGCGUCAACUUACGGAUCGAAUAUAAUUCACCGGCGAACACAAUUUAAUUUCCAAAUUUAAUUUUUGGAAAAAAAAGAAAAAGAGAAAAAAACGUAUUUUUUACGUUUAAUUUAUAAAAUUAAAGUUGAAUACCGUAAUUUUUUUUUUUCCUAAAGAUAAUUAUCUAAUUGAUCCUGCAAAUUAAUUAUAGGUAUUUCAAUCGGUUCUCAACAAUAAGAUUAAAAAUUUUAAUCAGAUUAAUUUCAAGCAAUUAAUCAUUUAAUGUUUUAAUUUUUGUCUAACUUUCUUUAAAUAUCUUUACGAUA